AUGAGGUUCACUCCUACGCUCCUGGGCUUUGUAGCUGCAGUAGCAGCGCAUGGCGACCACGACCAAGAGCCAUUGGCUGGUCCACAUGAGAGUCUUUGGUACAACACUCUUCCUGGUGAUGGCGGAACACAAGCCGACUCCGUCUUCUCCGGCAUUUCCACAUUCGGUCGUCUCAAGUACCACCCGUGUCUCUCGAGCAACGUGCAAUAUGACAUUGCAUUUAUUGGCGCCCCGUUCGACACUGGCACAUCAUACCGCCCAGGAGCUCGCUUCGGCCCCAGUGGCAUCAGGCAAGGUUCUCGCCGUCUCAAUCUCUAUGGCGGCUACAAUGUGCCACUCGAGGCGAACCCAUUCAACUCCUGGGCUAAGAUCAUCGACUGCGGCGAUAUUCCCGUUACAUCAUACGACAAUGCCUAUGCUCUCCAGCAAAUCGAGCAAGGCCACAACCUCCUAUUGAGCCGGGCACCCUACACCCACGCCAACAAGCCCGGUCCCUCAAAGCACGGCAAAACACUUCCUCGUAUGAUCACCUUGGGAGGCGACCACACCAUCACUCUCCCUCUGCUCCGCUCCGUUCACCGCGAAUACGGCCCCAUAACCGUCAUCCACUUUGACAGCCAUCUCGACACCUGGCGCCCCAAAGUCUUCGGUGGCUCCCCCAGCGAACAAGCCAGCAUAAACCACGGCACCUACUUCUUCCACGCCGCCCAAGAAGGCCUGCUCGCCAACGACUCCAACAUCCACGCCGGCAUCCGCACCACACUGUCCGGCCCCUCCGACUAUGAAAACGACGGAUACUGCGGCUUUGAGAUUGUCGAGGCGCGCGAGAUUGACAAGAUUGGCAUUGAUGGCAUUGUCAAGAAGAUUAAGGAUAGGGUUGGGUUGGAGAAGCCCGUGUAUCUGAGCAUUGACAUUGAUACCUUGGAUCCUGCUUUUGCUCCUGCGACUGGUACCCCCGAGACGGGUGGCUGGACUACGCGUGAGCUGCGCACGAUUAUUCGCGGUUUGGAGGGUAUCAACCUCAUUGGCGCGGAUAUUGUCGAGGUUGCGCCGGCGUACGAUACUAAUGCUGAGUUGACUACUAUGGCUGCUGCGGAUACCCUGUACGAAGUCAUGACUUUGAUGGUGAAGAGGGGACCGCUGAGCUACAUGGGUGCUCCUGCAAAGGAGACUAUUGAGCUGUAG